AUGUUCGCCAAACUCUUCGCCCUCUUCGCGAUCGCUGGCAUGGCUGCUGCCGCUGUCGUGCCUGUAGACAUCUGCAACGGGCAGACUUACCGCUGCGACGGUACCCUCAACACAAUCGAGGUCAUCGUCAAACCUCCACGGCCGAUCGAGGACAUGGACGUCAAGUCUGUUGGAGCUGAUCGGGAGCACGGUGUGAGUACGGAGUAG